UUUGUAACAAUAUAAUGUAUUUUUAUAUAUGAGUUUUUCAUAUCAAAAAUUGAAAAAAAGUUAUUUUUGAAAUGUGGAAAAGAAAUUUUGUGCAUAUACUUCAAUUAUUAGAAUCAAAACACUAUAGAUAUCUAUCAUGUGCACGUUUACAAACGAAAAAUUGUUAUUCAGCAAAAACAAACUUAAAAUCAAGUCACCAACAUGUGUUAACUGCAAGAAAACAUGAAACAAAAAAUAAAAUAAUUGAAAAUCUUAAUAUAUCUGACAUAAAUACGUUUAGUUAUAGAACCCACACUUGUGGAGAACUAAGAUCGGAUCAAGUGGGACAGAAAGUAACUCUAUGUGGAUGGGUAGAGUCUGUGCGUUUAUCAAAAUUUUUGUUAAUAAGAGAUUCAUAUGGACUCACACAAUGUCUUAUAAAUAAUUCUGAUAUUAGUUUCAGUGACAUACCUUUAGAAACUAUAGUUAUGAUAAAUGGUACAGUAGCAAUAAGACCGAAGGAUAUGUAUAACUCUGAAAUGGCUACUGGUGAGAUAGAGGUUAUUGUUGACAAAAUAGAAAUUUUAAAUAAUGUUGAAAAGUUACCAUUUAAUCUAAGAAAUUAUCAAAAACCAAAGGAGCAAUUGAGACUUCAGUAUCGCUAUAUAGAUUUAAGAUUUCCAGAGAUGCAAAAUAAUUUAAGGCAACGAUCAAUACUAUUGCAUAAUAUGAGAAAAUUUCUCAUUGAAAAACAUAACUUUGUUGAGGUAGAGACACCGACUUUGUUUUGCCGAACACCGGGAGGAGCUAGAGAAUUUAUUGUUCCCACACAUCAUCCUGGCUUGUUUUAUUCAUUAGUGCAGAGUCCGCAACAAUUUAAACAAAUGCUAAUGGUUGGUGGCAUUGAUAGAUAUUUUCAAGUCGCUCGAUGUUAUAGAGAUGAAGCUACAAGACCAGACAGGCAGCCAGAGUUUACCCAACUAGAUAUUGAACUUUCAUUCACCAAUUUAGAUGGCAUUGUUGAUAUGAUUGAACAACUUCUUAAAGAAUCUUUCCCAAGAGACUUACCACAAUUGCCAUUUAAAAGAAUGACAUACAGAGAUGCUUUAGAAAACUAUGGAACAGAUAAACCUAAUCUAACAUAUGAAGUGAAGUUAAAAAAUGUAACCAGUUUAUUUGCGGCACAACAUAAUGAACCAAACUUUAGUGCAUUCAUAUUACCAUAUUCUAGGAAAUUAGGAAAACUUUCUUCAAAAUAUAAGGAAAAAAUAAAUGAUUUAAGAAAGAAGUAUAAUGUAAAUAUAAUCCUUAAUGAGAAUAUUUCUAAAGUUAUCGGUGAUGAUAUUCAUAGUCAAAUAAAAUGUAUAAAUGGGGAUGAAAAUGAUAGUAUAUUGGCUAUGGGUGACCGUUUAAAUGUUUGUUUAUGUUUAGGUGAUAUUCGAGAACUACUUGCACCUUUAUUGAAGUCUAAAAACAUAUUGAAGUGUAGAAACAGUGUUGAACCAUUAUGGGUAGUAGAUUUUCCUUUAUUUGUGAAAGGAGAAAAUGGCUUAGAGACAUGCCAUCAUCCAUUCACAGCCCCACAUCCUGAAGAUUUACAUUUAUUAGAUAGUGACCCACUGAGAGUGAGAUCACUUGCUUAUGACAUAGUUCUUAACGGCAAUGAAGUAGGCGGAGGGUCUGUUAGAAUACAUAAUGCUGAGUUACAAGAGAAAAUACUUCAAAUGUUAAAUAUAGAAACAAGUAAUUUACACCAUUUCAUAAAUGCUUUAAAAAGUGGGUGCCCUCCUCAUGCUGGAAUAGCUUUAGGCAUAGACAGAUUAAUCGCCAUUGCCUGUAAUGCAGAGUCUAUUCGUGAUGUCAUAGCAUUUCCAAAAACUCAUGAAGGUAAAGAUCCCUUAUCAGGGGCACCAAAUGAAGUGAAUGAUGAAGAUAAAAAGUAUUAUCAUAUAAAAAGUAUUUAGUACUAUUUUUAUAUUGAGUUGGAAGUAUAUAAUUAAAAAAUUUAUUACAGUUGUGUUAUAA